AUAAACAGGUGCCUUAGAGUAAGCUGAAGGGCUGGUGUCCACCUUCUUUCUGCAUUGGAAGCUGAGAGCGUCAAUAUGCGGUUGCAGAAGAAGAGCUUGGUGGUAUUUGCCUGGAGUUUGGUGGUUGCUGCUGCUGCUGCUGCUCAGAGUGUACCUGCAACUUCCAUGCCCUAUGAAUGCAACAGGACCAGCAUCCAUCUAGUGCUCAAGAUGGACCCUUGGGGGACAGGUCUCAGGCUGGAACCACAAUAUCUGCACCUCGGCCGCUGCCCCCCUUCCUUUGAGGACAACCGGCAGGGCUUCUUCCACUUCCAGUACCACUUGAAGGAAUGUGGCUUUGCACGGCUGAUCUGUGGCACAAUGGUAGAGUAUUCUAGUAGCCUGGUCUACAGGCCGCCAUCCACCCGGUCCGAUCUCUACAGCAGGAGCCCUUUCAUGGAGAGGAUUAACUGUACUGAUUAUGACGCAGGGCGCUUGACGACUCCUCCUCCACAAGUGACAAUGGUCACCGGCCAGCUCUCUGCUUCCAGUGGGCUAAUGUUCACCGGGACUUUAAUGAAUGAGGACUUCAGCGCUCCCUCAUCCUCCAGCUUCUUCCCCCUGGGCUCUCAGAUCCACAUUCAGUUUGCCGUACAGCGUUCCUUCCACCAGCCUUUGCAAGUUUUUGUAGACGAGUGUGUGGCUGCCACAACUCCAGACCUGAGCACAUCGCCCCGGAGUUAUGUCGUCAUUGCAAACCAUGGGUGCCUUGUUGACAGCAGGGUUGCAAAUUCCCGGUUCCUCCCUAGACAGACUCCGGAAGUGCUCCAUCUUUCUCUGCAGGCCUUUGAAUUCGUUGAGAUAGACACUGAUGUUUACCUUCACUGCCGAGUUUUAGUCUGGGACCCAGCUGUGCCCGCCGACCACAUGAGGAAGGCCUGCUCGUUUCACAGAGAUACUGACAAUUGGGAGCUCCUAGAUGAUCCAUCCAGUUCUGUGUGCAGCUGCUGUGACUCGACAUGUGGAGCGACUGGGUCUCGCCACCAGAGAGAUGUGGAAGGUCUGUCUGUGGAAGCCCGUCCACAGCAAUCAGAUGUGGUGGUGACUCAUUUCACAAUUCAGAAACUGGCUCAAAACGGAGACCACGGCGAGCUGGAUGCAAAUGGCUCUCUUGCUGUCAGGAGGAGUCGCAAAGGUAAGGUGGGAAACAAAAUGUAAUGCCGCCUGCUGUGGGCGCCCUUCUCCUGGAGCUGGCUGUGCUGGCUGUCCUGUCUCUGGGCUUCUGCUUCUACAACGGUUAUCAGAAGAGACUCUGCCUACACCGCAGGGAGGUCGGGGACCUGAUGACUCGGGCGCUGUUGAAUGCUGAGCACAACUGUGGCAGCAUUAAUGCCAGUGUAGAAUAUGCUUGAUUAAAAAAUGAACCCUGCUUAGUUACACAGGA